CUAAUAUAAUAAUUGAAUAGACACAGUGACAAAACGUGUAACUGAAUAAAUCCUGGAUAAUAUUUUGAAAGAAACAGCUUUAAUUUUGUCACUGAUACAAAACUGUUCUCACAGUAUAAUCGUACAUUGAAUUGCUGGAGUUACAGUGACAUCUAGUGGCGUAAACGCGGCAUCACACAAAAGCAUCGAUUCUUUUAUUUAUUUAAAAAAAUAAAAAUAACCAAAAGAACAGUUAGUUCAACACAAGUCAUGUGAUCUAAACAUGGUGGCCUUCGUGUCAAAUUAAACAGCUUGAAUAAUGUGAUUUGUACAUGGUUGUAAACAUAUAUCGUUAAUUUCCUAAAUGUAUGAACUUCUAUUAAAACAUUAUACGCUUGUUUCCGGAACUGCUGUCGUUUUUAUUGCUUUGUUAACGAUCUUCCACGUGACUGAUAACAGCGACGUUCACUUUAAGCUCCUCCCCCUUUGUUAGAGUUUCGUUUUCCUUUCCUCGGGAUUCUCUUAUUUCCCGGUCAGUCCGUAAGCCCGGUUCUCCGGAACCGAUUCACUUCACAAUGACGGAGGCGGCGAUCGUUAAGAAGAUCUGCGCUCAUAACGGAUCUAUGAAUUACGACGAUUUAACGUCGGUAUUCGGUCUGCACGACGAAGCCCUGGACUCGGUCGUCGCCCGCAGCGAAUCGUUCGCGGUGGCGUUCGUGAACGGACAGAAGAGAGUGAUCGCCAGAAGCAAAGUCCGUCUGUGUCGAGUCCAGAACUGUCCGGGCUGCGCGAACCUGCAUCUGUGCAAGUGGUUUCUGUUCGGUUCGUGCCGCUUCGACAGAGGAAGACGAGGAUGCCGCUUCAGUCACGAUCUGCUCUCGGGUCAGAAUGCAUUAGUUCUGACCGCUCACGGUCUGAACACACUGGACGUAAAGGAGCUGUGCAUUCUGCUCAUGCAGAGCGAUUACUCAUUCCUCCCGGCGGUGUGUCAUUCGUAUAAUAACGGCACGGGAGAAUACGGCCGCUGUCAGGAGAACUGCAAGAGGCUCCACAUCUGCGAGAAAUAUCUGCGAGGGUCCUGCGACUGCAUUCGGGCUCAUGACUUCUACGAGCCGCAUCCGCUGAAGACGCUGCAGGACAGAGGCGUCCCCGCCGAGCUCAUGGUCGUCAUGAAGGACCUGUACUCCAACAUCGAAGCCCUGAGGCAUCUUUCCAAGGCACCUUCUGCUCCAAACGCUGCAGGACCGAACCCCAGAAGAGGCCCGAAUGCACAGAACCGGAGACAAGAGACCCAGAGGCCUCCACAAAACAACACAGAGAAAACGGAGAUCUGCUUGUACUUCAUCAAAGGACACUGCACACACGGUGUCUCGUGUAGGAGGGAGCAUUCCACUCUGCCCUAUAAAUGGGAAGUUAAAGAAGGAUUGGAAUGGAAGGCUCUUCCUGACAACGAGGCCAUCGAGAAAGAUUACUGCGAUGCUGCAACAACAUACAGCUCUGGAAUGAACCCGGUUUAUUUCGAUACGAUGACCCAAGGCUCUCACAGCGUGCGGCGUCUGUCGACGGUACCCUCGGUGCUCCAGCCCACCUUCAUCCUGACCACCGAGUGGAUCUGGUACUGGGAGGACGAGUUUGGGAACUGGAUCCAGUAUGCCACAGCGGAGGGGAGUCACGGAUUGUCUUCCAUUUCCAGCGCUGAACUCGAGCAGAAGUAUCAGGCCGAUAUCAACGCUGUGGUGGAGUUCACAGCCGGAUCGCAGACAUACGAGCUCAGCUUCGCGGAUAUGAUCCAGACAAACAAACGCUACACAACCAAAAAACUUGUCAGACGUCGCCCCAAAUUUGUGUCAGCGGCUGAUGUUCGAACAAUCAAGACAACUAAAAGGAUGCCCAAUAAUUUCAAGGCUCUGCCGGAGCACUGGGAUAAAGCUCUGACUCCUGAAACCGGAUACAAGAGUGUGCUGCUGCAGAGCACGUCCGCCGAAUACAUCAAAAUCAAAGAACUGUUCGGUCGCACCAUGACCGGCUUCAGAAUCCUGAAGAUUGAGAGGAUCCAGAACAAAGCAUUAUGGGAAGUUUAUCAGUGGCAGAAGGACUUCAUGAAAAAGAACAACGGAGGCAGAGACGUGACCGAGAAGCAGCUCUUCCACGGCACCGACAGCACGCAUUUAGAAGCUAUCUGCCACAACAACUUCGACUGGAGGAUCUGUGGGACUCACGGCACGGCCUACGGGAAAGGUAGUUACUUUGCCAGGGAUGCCAAAUACUCUCACAGCUACACCAAAGACUCAGGCACUCGUUCCAUGUUCGUGUGUCGCAUCCUGGUCGGCAGCUACACCAAAGGUGACUCCAGCUACCUCCGGCCUCCAUCCAAAGACGGAGGAGACACCGUCUUCUACGACAGCUGUGUGAACGAUGUCUUAGAUCCGUCCAUAUUUGUAGUGUUUGAGAAGCACCAGAUCUACCCCGAGUAUCUGAUUGAGUAUAGCGACUCCAGCGGGUUUGAUUCACCCUUCCGUCCUGCGGCGGCGGCGAGGAGGCAUGUAGCUGUUCCUGCGAACGCCGGCGUCACAUUCACUCCCUCGCACACCUCCUACUAUACUCCCUCCACGACUGCAUCUUCUUCACUCUCCUCGCCCUCCUAUACCUCCUCCUUCUCCUCAAGCACCUCCUACUAUAAACCCUCCUCGUCUGCGUCAUCCUCAUACACUGCCUCGUAUAUUUCAUCCUUAAACGCCUCUUCCUCGCAUGCUUCUCCCUCACAAUCCUCAUAUUCCUCAACUACUCCAAAGUCUCCGAAGUCAGAGUGCAUCCUUUCCUGACCAUGUGAUCAGGCGUCAUGUGAUCGCGUUGUGUGCUUUAGAGGAAGCCAGUGAAAACUUAACACUGAUAAUCAAAAAAAAAUUAAAUAAAAAUCAACAUUACACAAUAGUUACACAAAAGUGUCUUAUCGUCUCAGUUUAAAGCCCUAAUCUGACAUGCAUUCAAAUGUAACAAAAUGUUGGGCGGGGCUCGGUUCUGUGCAUCAGUUGUUGAUUGGAUGUUGAGAUGUGGGCGUGGCUCUGAAAGUGUAUGCAGAUGAGCGCGAGCGUGCAGGGGCGGGGCUUAAGAGGAGGACAUGCCUUGAGAAGAGACUGGAAGAUUUGAUUAAAAAAAAGUCGAAAUGUAAACAGAAAUUUCAUACCCGCUUUGAUGGAGAUGUGUAAUUUGUCUUGAUCUUUACUUGGAUCUUUGUAAUAAUCUCAAUAUUUGAGAUACUUGUCACAAUAAAGCUAUCCAAUACUUAAGGAAA